AUGGGGCGAGUCUUCUCGUGCUCGAAGGCCGUCUUGAUUGACUUGAUCGAAAAGAAGAUGCUAUGCUACACCCAAAAUCCCUAUCCUCCUGUCUACGAACAGGAACGUUUGGAUGGACAAUCACCCACAACGUUUCCUUCCCCUGGCGGCGCAUUCGGCGGGCUCACAUUUCCACUACACACUACCAUCGGAGCUGGCCCGUUGAUCGAGCCAAAACCGCAGGUACAAUCACCGGUCUGGGGUCCUGCGCCCGAGCGAAAAGCUCGCAGACUGCCGCUGUUGAAGGGGCCGAGACCGUGA